AUGGUGGUAGAGAGAGUCUCUAUAGACAAUAAGGUAGAGUUGACAUUACACCAAAGAGAGAUGGGGGUACCAUCCUUCAUAAAUCAGAAUUUUUUCUCUUCAUUUAGGUUAUUGGGGAUGUACAAGGAGUGUUUGACACUUGAUAAUAAUAUAGUAAAAAAAAAAAAGGAUUUGCACGAUGUGAUCUGUACAUUCUACAAAAUUAUUUUUCUCUGUUUUCUUAGAUUCACUUCUUCACUUGAUUUAUUCACUUCUAGAUCAUUAUGUAGUGCGGGAGGUUUGCAUUUAUACGAAGUGCAACUCUGA